GUGAUCUGUGGGCCAGAAGACUCCCCUGGUGAUCCUGAUGAUGAAGACCAAUCAGAAGCCAAGCCUCAGCCGAGACCACGAAUCCCUCGAAAAAAAACUUCCUCCCCAACCAAGCCUCGUAGUUCCAACCCGUUAAACUCUACAGUUCUUCAGCUUCUCUCUAACUCCCCGGAAUUUUGGGAUGUCCUGAACAGUCUUUCAGGGGUCCGGCGCCAGUCUGUGCUCAGGUCAACCGGAAGAGCAAAGAAAGUCUUUGGUUGGGGGGACUUUUAUUCCAAUAUCAAGACUGUAAAGCUUAAUCUCCUCAUCACUGGGAAAGUGGUGGACCAUGGGAAUGGCUCCUUCAGUGUCUUCUUCCUUCACAACUCAACUGGCCAGGGAAAUGUGUCUGUCAGUCUUGUUCCACCAUCCAAAGUCCUGGACUUUGAUCUGGAGCAGCAGAUGUAUGCCGAAGCAAAGGAAUCAAAAAUUUUCAACUGCCGUGUGGAGUUUGAAAAAGUGGAUAAAGCAAUUAAGACAGGUCUGUGUCCUCAUGAUCCGUCAAAGACCUGCCAUCAGCAGCAAACUCGUAGCAAGGUCUCUUGGACAUGUUCACACCCUUUCAAGAUUGUUUGCGUGUAUGUCUCCUUUUACACCACAGAUUACAGACUAGUGCAAAAGGUCUGCCCUGACUAUAACUAUCACAGCAGCUCUCCAUAUUCACCAUCAGGCUGA